GCACUGAAACUCGUGGUGUGUGUAUUUUGCGUGGUGUAUUUUGCAAGGCUAUAUAAAACCAAACCGUAUUUUGUAUUGACUUGUGUAUUGGUAUUGGUUGGUAUUCCUCCUGGUAUUCAAUCGGUAUCUUUAAAUAACCACAGCGCAAGUGCCUACUUACCACUUUUCCUCUUGUAUAGUGAUUUGAUUUCUUUCCUCUUUAGGGAAGGAGCAAUAGGAGUACAUACAUUGGCCUGCCACCAUGCUCUGACCAGUGAGCUGCGUCUGGCUCGUUAGGUCUAAACACCAGGCACAGCUGCAGCGGGUCGUCGGUACUCGGUAGUCCUGCCAGGUUCAUCAGCGGCUUCAACUGCUACUGCCUCAGUGGCUUCAACUACCCCUCCCUCGGCGUCUGAAGGGUCUGCCGCCGCCGGCCGCGGACCGCCCCGCGCCGGGUGGUCAUGUCGCUCUGCCGGCUGACCCGGCUGCGGGCCCGCCUGCCGCCCUGCCGCCGUCUCUCCGGGGACGGCGGCGGUCGGGACGCGCCGCCGCCGGAGCCGCUCCCCUCGCUGCUGGAGCCCACGCACCCGGCCGACGACCGGCAGUGGAGCGACGCGGCGCUGUACCCGGAGGGCUCGCGCGGCCGCCAGAGCCAGGCGCGCCGCUCGGCGCGGCCGGCGGUGGACCCGCGGCACACCUCCGUGCUGCUGUUCCCCGGCCAGGGCGCGCAGCGGAUCGGCAUGGCCGACCGUCUGCUGCCCUUCCCGCACGUGGCCGACAUGUUCGCCGAGGCCAGCGACAUCCUCGGGUACGACCUGCUGGAGCUGUGCCGGCGCGGCCCGGCGCCGCGGCUGGACCGCACCGAGCACGCCCAGCCGGCGCUGCUGGUCACCUCCCUGGCGGCCGUCGAGCGGCUCAGAGACGAGCGGCCGCGCGCCGUCGACUCCUGCAUGGCCGCCGCCGGCUUCAGCGUCGGCGAGCUGGCGGCGCUCACCUUCUCUGGCGCGCUGUCGUUCUCGGCGGCCGUGCGGCUGGCGCACGUGCGCGGCCAAGCUAUGCAGCUGGCCUCGGAGCUGGCGCCGUCGGGCAUGAUGACGGUGCUGUGCCGGCCGGACGCGCGGCUCGGCUUCGCCUGCUCGCUGGCUCGCCGCUGGUGCGAGGAGCACGGCCUGGAGGCGCCCCAGUGCGCGGUCGCCUCGUUCCUGUUCCCGCAGUGUAAGGUGGUGGCCGGGCACGUGGAGGCGCUGGACUUUAUCGCCGAGCGGGCGGCGGAGUUCGGACUGCGCCGGUGCACGCGGCUGCGGGUCUCUGGCGCGUUCCACACGCCUCUGAUGGCGCCGGCGGCCGAGCCUCUGCGUGCCGCGCUGGCCGACACCCGCAUCUCGGCGCCGCGGGUGCCCGUGUACAGUAACGUGGACGGCCGCCAGUACCGGUCGGCCGAGCACGUGCGCCGCCGGCUGGUCGAACAGCUCACCAAGCCGGUCAAGUGGGAGCAGACCAUGCACGUGCUGUACGAACGCUCGCCCGGGGUGCCGUUCCCCGAUACGUACGAAUGCGGACCCGGCGACACGCUCACAGCAAUACUGAAGAAGGUCAACGCCAAAGCGGCGGACUCGUGCACCAGUGUCGAGGUGUAGUUGCGGCUGCGGCCGCCAGGGGCGCUGAUGUAGUGCCAGUUCUGACUGCCGCCGCUACGGGCGCUGAAGUAGCGGCAGUGCCAGUUCCUACGGCGGCCGCCAGAGGCGUUGUGAUUCGCUCGUGCGAUAAUGGUCGGAUGGUGAGCUUUGUUGUUGAUUUUGAUGAGCAUAGUGACGUGUGACUUGUAAUAGAAGCGCUCCAAACAGA